AUGAAGGAGCAUCCUGACUACAAGUACAGACCCCGGCGCAAGCCCAAGAACCUGCUCAAAAAGGACAGGUAUGUCUUCCCUUUGCCUUACCUCGGGGAAACCGAUCCCUUAAAGGCCGCCGGGCUUCCCGUGGGGGCCACUGACUCUCUGCUGAGCUCCCCGGAGAAGGCCAGGGCUUUCUUGCCUCCCACCUCAGCACCUUACUCCUUACUUGACCCCAGCCAGUUCAGCUCCAGCGCCAUUCAGAAGAUGACUGAGGUUCCUCACACCUUAGCCACCAGCACCCUGCCCUACGCCUCCACCUUGGGAUACCAGAACGGGGCGUUUGGCAGCUUGAGCUGCCCCAGCCAACACACCCACACUCACCCCUCGCCAACUAACCCGGGCUAUGUCGUGCCAUGUAACUGUACCGCUUGGUCGGCUUCCAGUUUGCAACCUCCAGUUGCCUACAUAUUAUUCCCAGGCAUGACCAAGACUGGGAUAGACCCCUAUUCUUCAGCACAUGCGACUGCCAUGUAACACCCACCCACACCCCCACAGGCGUGUGUGUGUCCCCGGGUGGCAGCCGGAACUGGGAUUCCUUCGUGUGCAUGUACAUAAAACCUGCAGAAGCAAAAGGCCACCCCGAAACAGGACUCUGCUGCCCGCCACCGGGCCGGGACAGACGCGGACGCUGCCUCGGGGACUUGGAGAUCCUCGCCCUGAGAGCUGGCCCCAGGCUCGGGGGGGAUCUGCAAUCGCGGGGUCAGAUAGGAGCCCGGCACUUGUAAGAGUUGUAAAUGUGUUAUAAAAGAAAAAAAGCAAGAAAAAAGCGAACCUUGAACUGCCCUUUCGGGACAAAGCAGGGGAGAAAAA